CUCCACGACCCUCAGGCUUCUCUGAUUGGCACAUGCAUUAGAACCUGUUCGCCCUCAUCUCUUCACAAGAUUACCUUAAAGAAUGUGCGCUUUUUCAAUAGACUAGCCAUGAGUAGUCCUAAGUCCGUCACAAUCGACGGCGAACACAUUUCAGAUUAUGAGGAAGACGAACUGGAGAUUGUCGACGCAGCCGGCCGUUUCCUCAUACCCAGCCUUAUCGAUAACCACGUGCAUGUUCCCAAUAUCCUAGGCUUGGAAAAUAUCACAUCUUACAGUGUCACGACAUUGAACAUGGCCUGCCGCAACAACAUCCAGUACCAGCCUCUCCAAGGUCAAGAGGGCCUCGCUAAUUUUCGAAGUACCGGCAUCCCCGCGGUCGGUCCCAACAGCGCGCACGCAAAUUCAUUCAAUCUCUCCACUGAUCAGCUCGUUGUCCCUGAUUCCGACCCAGUUGCUUUAGUCAACUGGGCCUUCAGGAAUGGCUCCGGAUAUCUCAAGAUUACUGCGGAGACGAAUGGGCUAUCUCGAGACAUGCAGAACGGGCUGUUUAACUCUGCGCACGAUCUUAGGAAGCAAACAACAACCCAUGGAGCUGAUAUUACAGCAUUCCCCUAGGCCACCGAAUCUCGAACGAAUGAUAUCCAGCAUAUUUCCGACGAUACAAAUCUCUCUUGUUCAGCAAUAAAGGCCUCAAGGACUACGGGCAAUACGUAGCACCAAAAAUGGCCAUCUUCAAAACCGCACUCUCAGAUCCCGUAUUCCUCCGAGGCGGCAAUGGAAGCACAGGGAACUCUUCUUCCAGCAACGUUCGCGCAAACGUAGCAUCGCUCCAUCGGGCCGGAAUACCGAUCCUCUCUGGCAAACAUGAUCGGCACACUCAACGCGAACGUCAGCAUCUCGUCGACGCUGGGCCCACCCCUGCGGAAGCUAUCAAUGCGGCAAUAAGCGUGGCUGCGAAGUAUCAUCGUUUAACGGAUCGUGGCGUCAUUGCGCCCGGAUAACGCGCCGAUUUGAUCCUUUUAGGAAGUAAUCCUCUGGCUAACAUCACG